CGUGUUCUCCGCGUUGUUUAGUACAUUUGUAAUUUAUAUUAUAAAGUGUUGAGGUGCGGCGAGUAGUAGAGAUACAAACCAGUGACUGACAGCAACCCCUUUUACUAGUUCAUAGUAAAUAUUACUCGUAGUUAGACGUGUUUCAAGUCGCAAGGAUCGAACGUUUCAGGAAGUUUAGUCGUAAGGAUAAGACGUUAUAAACUUUGUGAUACAUUGUUCCAUUCUGUUAGAUAUUACAGUGUAUAAACCUCGGAUUAAAUCACGGAUUAAGAGUUUAACCUCCAAUGGAAUGAUCAGUGAUUGUUAAUAACUUAUUACUGAGGAUAUAUCGAAGCAAGUUUUCACAAUGUUGGCGAAUGCUGGACCGUAUUUCCCCCCAGAGUAUCUUCAUUCUCUACCAAUUUCCUCAGCUGCAGAAAAUCAGAAAAGUCCUCUGGAAUUAUUAGCCCAGACGUGUAGCAGUAUAGGCAAGGACACCACCCCAGCUAAAAUAGCACUCCCACCCAUGGAUAAAUCGGCUGAAAAAAUUCCCAAAUCACCUGUUGAUGACAAACAUAGAGCCGAAGAGAAGAAAGAGUCACCCAAAGACAGUGGAAAGCCAGGAUUCAGAACUGUACCUCCUUACACUGAAAUGCCACCUCUAGUCCCCAUCAAUAACCAUGACGAAAGUUCAAACAGUUCUUCAGAAUCAAUCCACAGUCCCGUACAAAAACAAGAACCAAAAGAAAAGAUGCCAGUUCCCGAGCGAAAAGAGUCUCCAGUCAAACCCAAAAGCCCUGUGAAGGAACCACAACCGGAAAUUAGAAAGACUUCCUCAAUUUCACCACAGCAUCAUGUAAAGCCAGCACCAAUCCCCUCCCCUAAUGGACUCCACCCACACCUUUCUUCAUCCAUGUCUGCUGCCCACAGUGCUUAUUUAAAUGGAUUACGGUCUGGGUCACAUCCGUUACUACCAGGAGCUCCACAUCUUCCAUAUUCUGCUGGAUUAUCUUUGAUGGGUCAUGGACUAUCCCCUGAAGCCGCUGCUUACUACCAAUCUCAACUGUUGGCCGCCCAAUCCGGAUUACACGCACAAGGACUAGCUGCUUCAUCAGCAGCUGCAGCAGCAGCCGCCCAACAAUCAGCUCUUAAAGCCGGUGCUGCAGUAGCCUCGAUGAAUCCCUAUGUUAGUUAUACUCGUGUUCGAACGCCAUCAGGGGCCACAACUCUUGUACCAGUGUGCAAGGAUCCUUAUUGUACCAACUGUCAACUGACUGUUCAAACAUCACACACCUCAGCCACGUGUAAAACACCCGGAUGUUCUCAAUGUGCUCAUGAAAAAGCUUUAUUAGGACUUUCAUCUGGUGCUGCUGGACUUGGGAUGCCUGGAAAUCCUUUAUCACUUUACCCACAUCUAGCAUCUUUACCAUCUAGUGCUUCUGGACUACAAUCUCUAUCCUCUUUACAUUCCCUUUAUCCUCAUAGUGCUCUUCCUUCCGCUCAUCAAGGACUACCUUAUAUUUGUAAUUGGGUUGCUGGACACGAUUAUUGUGGUAAAAGAUUCAACUCUUCCGAGGAACUUAUGCAACAUUUAAGGAGCCAUACUUCGAGUAUAGAUUCAGGAUUACCUGCGGGUUAUGGACUUGGUCUGCCACCAUCAGCUUUAUCUGGGGCCCCGGGACUUGGUCUUGGAGCAGCCCCAAUCAGUCCCAACUCUUUAAGACGUGCUUACCCCACGAGUUUAAGCCCAGGACUUUUAUCAAGUAGCAGAUUCCACCCUUACAAGUCCCCACUAGGAAGUGUUGGAGCCCCUCCCUCGGGCGCUCAUCUCCCACCCCUCAGUGCUUAUUACCCGCAGUAUUCCUCACUCUACGGACCACGCCUAGGAGCUGCAGUACCCUGAAGAACCAACAAUGUGAAUUAAUAGCAAUCAAUUGUGAUAUGAACGUUAAUAUGAAUUAUUUAUGUGUCUAAAUGUCACUCGUGUUUUGUUGAGUGAAUUGGAACAAAAAAUCAUUUUAUAAAACCUGAAGCUAUGGAGAGAAAAAGAGAAUACAAUAUUAUAAAAACAAUUAUUAUGAAUGCUAAACCAGUACUUUUCAAAUAAAGUGUAAUUUAAAAUUUUAAUAAUUAUGCAAUUUGUUAAUUUAAUAAAAAUUAUAAUUAAUUU